UGAAAUAGAUUCAAUUGAAAUCAAGUGAAAAAAAAAAAGAGUUUUGUGCGUGUUCUGUGCAGAGAUGUCUUCGUCUGACGCUGAGGUCGAUAUUAGCGUGGUGUCCAGUCCGGAGCCAAGUCCGUUGGGUGCCGCCGGCAUGAGCAAUGGCCGCGAGAGCCCCUUGGCGCGCUCCGUUGACGGCAGCUCCCCACCAGCGACGCCCACGCAUCGCUCCACGCCGAACACAGCCAGCGGCACGCCCACAUCGACGUCCGCCGUGACCGUGCCGCACUAUCACCACAGUCCCAACGGCGCAGUGCCGCCGGCAGUGCUGCACCACCAUCUGCAGCAUCAUCUCAGCUCGCUCAGUGGCCAUCCGGUGGCGCUGCACCACGCGCUGCACAGCUUUGGCCAUCUGCAUCCGGCUCACACCGCAUCGCAUCCCGCUCUGCUACACCACGCCAUUGCGCCGACACAUCUGGGCGAUCGCCUCGGCUCACCGCCCGCCCUGGCCGCGAUGGCGCCCAAGACACCAGAGCUGGAGCGCAACGGCAGUGGCAGCACCAGUGAGGAGCUCGCCCAGAACCUGAACAACAACAACAACAACAGCAAGACAGUUAACCACAACAGCACCUGUGCCUCGGCGGCUGCGGCCGCGGUGGCUGCAGCGGCGGCCUCCAUUGGCGCCAACAGCAACGACAGCAACACGAGCAGCAAUGGCAACAAGGCCACAACUGGCUCCAAUGGCUUCACCAGCUUCUCCAUCUCCAGCAUACUGAGCCGCAGCGAGCCAGCGAAAAAGAACGGCGCCACCGCGCUGAUAACGCCCAUUCCGCAAUUGCCGCAACAUGGCGCGGCCGGACCUCAGGAUGCGGCCAUGCUCUCAAGAUUGGGUUUCAUUUCGCAAUGGGGCGCCCUGGCUGGACGCUAUGCAGCUCUAUGCCCGCCCGGCUGGCCCUGGGCACCGCAGCGAAUGCCCUUCCAUAGUCCAACGCACGACAGUUCCUCCACAAACACCACUGAAAAUCCACCAUCGCCCACAUCGCUGAGCCCCAGCAGCGGCAACAACAACAAUAACAACAACAACAACAACAACAGCAGCAGCAACAUUGACAACAACCUCACAGCGAAUGCUAGCAGCAACAACAACAACAACAACAGCAGCAGUAACAACAUGGGCAAUGGCCACGCCAACAAAUCACCACCUCCUGGCCUAACUGGAUCGUCGCACCACAGCUCCCAUCAUACGCUCUACCAGCAACAGCAACAGCAUCCACAUGCCGGCCAUCAGCAUCUACAGCAUCCACAUCAGCCCAGCACGCCCACCAGCAGCGCUGGCGGACUCUCGCAUCAUGGGCACCAUCUGUCGGGCUCUCAUGCGAGCGGCGGCUACAUGCUGCCCACCAGCUCUAACGAAUCGGACGACGAAGGCGAGGAAAUCAUUGAGGAAGAUGACGGCACCGACGGCCCAUCGGACAGUUCGUCGCCGCACGGCGAUGGCAGCAAUUCCAAGCGUAAGAAGAAAACGCGCACGGUCUUCUCGCGUGCUCAGGUGUUCCAGCUGGAGUCAACGUUCGAUCUGAAGCGAUACCUCAGCUCAUCGGAGCGCGCUGGCCUGGCGGCCUCCCUCCGGCUGACUGAGACCCAGGUGAAGAUAUGGUUUCAGAAUCGCCGCAACAAAUGGAAGCGCCAGCUGGCCGCCGAGCUAGAGGCAGCCAACAUGGCCAACAUGGCACAUGCGGCCCAGCGUCUGGUGCGUGUGCCUGUGCUCUAUCACGAUGGCACCACGGCUGGCUUUGUGCCCCCACCGCCGCCGCAUCAUCAUCCCAUGCAGUAUUAUGCUGCGGCCGCUGCCCGCAACACCAGCCCACCGCGGCCGCCCCUGUCGUCGCUUGUAUAGAACGUGGGCUGCCU